AUUUAGCAAUAUUUAUUAUUCAGUCCACAGAACACUAUUACCUGUGACUAUUACUCUAACGAGAUUCAGUCUCCAUCAAUAACACUAAUCAAUAAUUUCAACACUGUGAGAGAAAAUGUAUUUUAUGUGAAAAAAAAUUGAUACUAAGUAAUCAUGUCUCAGGGAAAAGUAGUUUUAGUGGCGUGUGGUAGUUUUAGUCCUCCUACGUAUAUGCAUCUAAGAUUAUUCGAAAUUGCGAAAGACUAUAUGCAUUCAUUUGGAUUGGGUACAAUUGUUGGGGGUAUUGUGUCUCCUGUGCAUGAUGCUUAUGGAAAAAAAGAUCUAGUGCCUGCACCCCACAGAAUUGAAAUGCUGAAAUUAUCAUUAAAAUCUUCGAGUUGGGUCAAAGUAUCUGAGUGGGAGACACAGCAGGCUGGCUGGAGUAGGACCAGAGUUUCACUGCAGUACCAUCAGGACACGAUAAACAAGCACAAAUCAUCGCACAAUUUAAAUGAGGAUCCGCCAUCUUGGUUACCUGAUGACAUUCUGAACGUCAACAAUAUAGACGAGCCGGACAAUCUGAACCAGAUGUUGAACGGUAACGUCAGCGAUGACGUCACGGUGAAGCUUCUGUGUGGCGCGGACCUGUUGGAGUCUUUCGCCACACCUGGGUUGUGGUCUGAUGAAGACUUGGAGACGAUACUGGGUCGCUACGGCAUCGUAGUGGUGUCGCGCGUCGGCAGCGAUCCCGGCCGAAUGAUCAACGAGUCGGACAUACUUUACAAAUAUCGACGCAACGUGAUUGUAAUAUCGAACUACAUCACUAGCGACGUUAGUUCAACGGUGAUUCGUCGUCUGGUGCGCCGCGGAGAAAGUCCGAAAUACCUGACCGACGAUGCAGUCAUAUCGUACAUCAUACAGCAUGGGCUCUAUGGGGCUAGAAGUCAAAUUAAUAAGUAUACAAAUUACAUCAACUAUGACGUAUCGCCGAAUGACGUGAUAAUGACGUCACCACAGGACACGUACAAAAGCAUACUCAUCUCGAUAAGGGACAAGCCAUCGAUCGUUGACGAGACGGUCACCGUGAAAAAACCAAAAUCGAUACUUUCGCACGGCACUGUGAUGCCGAUCGAGAAAAUGAAACCGAAAAUGGCGUACAUCGAUAAAGUGGCACCGCACUACGUCCCAGGGAAAGCAGUGAAAAUUGUUAGUGAUGUGAAAAAGUACGAGGUCAAAGAAAAGGGAUGCAGUUGCCCUCCGUAGCUGAUAUGGUGCGCGUGUGGUCACAGGUCACCGUACGCGCCAAUUUAGACCGAGCAGACUAGUGAUAACACGCAUUUAUACAAACGCUACAAGGCAUAAGGGACUUAAUAACACACACUACAAAGUUUAGUUUUGAACUGGAUUUUGGGGAAAACAUCUUUAUUGUUUAAAUACUUAAUAGAAUUUGGGAAGUGUUUUGAGAUCUUCUCAGCCUAUAUAAGUGCAUACCUUCUGUAAUGAUACGAUUUAUACUAACACUGUAAGGGAAUAUGGUCUUUAUACUACACGCUACAUAGUCUAUUUUCAAUGGACAGUUUUUACAUGAUAAUUAAUAUACAUAAGAUGCAUUCUGAGAUCAUAGGUACUUAAAGUUUGUGAUGUAUGUAUGUUAGUGCGAUUAAAAUAGAAUUAUUAGCGAAAUACUAAUGAAAAUAAUAUGUAGGUUGAAAUGAAAUUAGAAUUUCACAGAGACAGAAUCUAUUUUUUUUUUUAUAUCGGCACUAGCUGGUAUUAUAAAGUUAAUUUACUAAAUAAAUAAUUAGCAGGCUUCACCAGGAAAAAAUGUGUUAUGAAUUUUGUAGAAGUUGAAUUUAAUGAAAUAAUGUCACAGCAGAACUGAUAAACUGUUUUAUUUUUGUGAAAACGUGAGUAUUUCAAAUUAUUUUAAUCAUAAAAACAUAAAAAGACCACUUACGGACAAGUAUUUUCAAUUCAUAAACUAUUUGGGGUCACGAAUUGAAACAAAAACUAUCCUAUCUCUCAAGUUAGAUCAAACUGCACACAGUGUGCAAAGUUUGAUUAGAAUCGGUUCAGUAGUUUAAGAGUUCAUCGCGGGCAAACAACGUGACACAAAAGUUUUAUUUAUAAAGUUAUACCCGAAAACAAACCAAGAAUAUGCAAAAUGUUUACAAAUAGACAUUUUGCUUAUGAUUGGUUUAUUCGGACUUAUAACAUUUCCAAUCAGAAUUAUCAUUGUAUUGACAAUGUUAUCAGAGAUGUGGGUUCUCUCUGCAUUUUCUACCGCAUUUAUCACGGGGAGUGCUCAGAGGAGCUGUUCGGGUUGAUUUCAGCGGCCGAAUUCCACCACCGGACAUUACGUGCAAAGUACCAUCCGCAUCACGUAGACGUCUGGCAUUCCACAGCCGCGCGUUUUGUUCGAAAUUUCUUGCCUCGCACAGCCACUUUGUGGAUUCAACUACCGGCAGCGGUCUUCCCGAACAGAUACGACUUAGGGACCUUCAAGAAAAAAGCAUAUUCCCACCUUCAAGGCCGGCAACGCAUUUCUUGACACACCUGUUGUUGCGGAUGUCCAUGGGCGGUUGCCUCACCUCUCCUCAUCCCGUGAGCUUCUUGCCCGUUUGCCCCCUCUCAUAAAAAAAAGGCAUAAAGUCAAUAUUUUGCAUAUUCUUGGAUUAUUCUCAGAUAUAACUUUAUGUCAAGUUUAUUUGGAAGGCGGUAUAUGUUUAAAGUAGGUAGGUACAUAUUAUAUGGUUUUGUUAUUUUUUUAUAAGAUGAGCAAUGUGUUGUACCUAGUUUCAUAUGGGUCGGUAGGUAUUUCAUAUCAAUGUGAUAGUAAGCUUAGUAUUGCUGUUGACUAUACGUAAUUAUUGUUAAAUUAUUUUUAUAUGCUUAAUGUAUUUAAAUGUGUAGCUUAUAUGCCUUAUUACUAUACAGGAUGUCCCAAAACUCAACGAUAACCUGGUACCGGGCGAGAGGCCAAGGUAUACCAGUUAUGAAAAAAAUCUAUGUCACUUAGUCAAGCGAUGACAGACAUUUUUCGAAAAUGUUAAAAAUUUGACACCCUUUGUCGCUUUUUUAGGUACUGUGAUCGCAAUUUUCACAAUUUUACAGUGAUUUUUUUAAUAAUGUUAUCUCAAAUAACAGUGCUAUUAAUGGUAACCACAAAUGAAAGUAAUAAUCAUUGUUAACUAAGUAAAAUAAAUUAAAUUUUGACGAGUUAUUGUUUAUAAAAUUUAUGUCAGUCAACUUUGACACUCUACGUUGGAAAAAAAAUGUACUACACUACCCAUGGCAAGUUUUUUUAAAAGAUGGCCCAUUUAGUUUAGAUUUCAAAAUAGUACAAUACUUGCCACUUUUCUUGCCAAUAAAAUUGCUAUUUCGUAUUUUUUGCGAAAGGAACUCAUGGAAAAUUUAAUCAAAAUAAAACGGUAAAUUAUCGUAACACUUUAUUAUCCUCCUAAAAUUAAAGCAGAUGCUCAAAUUGUUUCCCUCCAGCACGAAUACAAGCUCUGCAUCGCCUCAGAAAUGACCUGUUCACCAGUCUUGCAAAUCUCCUCGCAUUGAUUUCUUCUGAUGCUGCAUCAAUUUUUUGGCGCAAUUCUGUUACAUUUUGAAUUGGUUUUGAGUAGACAAAAAUCUAUAGAGAUAUAGAGUAAAAAAAAUCUACUGGAUUCAGGUCUGGGGACCGAGGGGGCCAUGAAAUUGGUCCAAGGCGUCCGAUCCAUUUACCGGGAUAUAAUUCGUUUAAAUAUUCUCUUACAGGCCGGGCAUAAUGUGCUGGGCAGCCAUCUUGUUGAUACCACAUUUCUCUCUAGAUGUUGAGUGGUACAUCUUCUAGCAAUGUCGGCAAAUCAUUUUGAAGAAAAUGCAAGUAGGUGGCGCCAUCUAAAUUUUCAGUGAAUUCAAAUGGUCCAAUUAUUUGACCAUUUAAUAUUCCUGUCCACAUGUUGACUUUAAAUUGGUAUUGGGAUCGAUCCUCGCGCAUCAAAUGCGGGUUUUCCGUAUGCCAACUAUGAAGGUUAUGUAAGUUUAAAUAACCAUCUCUUUUAAAUGUCGAUUCGUCAGUCCACAAAACUUUAUUUAGAAAAUCCGGAUCUUCACGAAUUUUCGCUAACAUGGUUCUGCAGAAAUCAACUCUGGGUGCAUGAUCACGUGGUAACAAGCUGUGCACACGUUGUACAUGGAAAGGAUGAAAAUCGUAUCGUUUUAAAAUUCGAUGUGCGGUACUCUCGCCACACCCGUUGCAAUUUCAAUCGCACGUACUGAGGUACUGGGGUCAUUUUCAACUUCAUUCAAAACUUCAGCGUCGUAGUUUCCUUGAGGUCUCCCACCAGAUGUACGAGCACUGGGUAAUCGUCCUUCCGAGUAUGAUGCGUGCACAUUUUGGAAGACACGAUAAUCUGGGUGCCGCUCCACAUUCGGGUACCUCUCCCGAUACAGUCGAGCUGCCGCGGAGGCAUUACAAUGGCACUCACCGUAGAUAAGAUGCAUAUUCUUGCGGUGUGUACAAAUGCGGCAUGUUGUUCACACACAGUGUGCACAGCACUAAGUCCAAAAAACAAAGCCAGAGUCGUCAAGUACGGAUAGAGUAUCAAGUCCAGGGUAACACAAGCCAAAGUCGAUAGUACGAAAGUAACACGAUUACGAGAGAUGCGCAGUAAACGAAGAAACGAUGCGUACUAAAUGUUAUUGUUUAAAUUUUAUUAUGAACGACUGAUGAGUCGUUGUGAGUGACACGGAUAGUGACGUCUCGUUUUGACAAAUACCAUAACUACUAUCCAUUUCUUUUUAUCACUUUUGUUCAUUACAAACAAUGGAGACUUCGAACUUUUCAAACAAAAGAAUAUCAGGUAUUUUUUUUACUGAGGGAUCCCUACGCAUAGCAUACGAAAAAGCAGUUUUAUUGGCAAGAAAAGUGGCAAGUGUUGAACUAUUUUGAAAUCUAAAUCUAAAUUUUAUAAACCAUAACUCGUCAAAAUUUAAUUUAUUUUACUUAGUUAAUAAUGAAUAUUACUUUCAUUUGUGGUUACCAUUAAUAGCACUGUUAUUUGAGAUAACAUUUUUAAAAAAACCUCUGUAAAAUUGUGAAAAUUGCGAUCACAGUACCUAAAAAUGCGACAAAGGGUGUCAAAUUUUUAACAUUUUCGAAAAAUGUCUAUCAUCGCUUGACUAAGUGACAUAGAUUUUUUUUCUUAUUUUUUUCAUAACUGGUAUACCUUGGCCUCUCGCCCGGUACCAGGUUAUCGUUGAGUUUUGGGACACCCUGUAUAUAAAUAGCUAUUAAAACAAAUGUUAUACAUUCUUAGCCGAGUUAAAAACUGCGUGGAAAUGCUUUAUGGUCUAAAACAAUUAGGCAUCUGUCUACAGGUCAAACGCCGUUGACAUAAGGUGGUAUAAUGUCGACUAAACCUAAUAAAAUAAUUAUAGACCACUUUAUAUCACAGAUUUUACAAAUAAAACUAUUUAAUUUCUAAUGUAUACACUGGUAAUUAUUUAACAACAAUAUAAUACACAAUUUAAAUUUAUAAACGACGAUAAACAAAAUUUUAUGAACGAUGCGGGAUUCGAACCCACGACCUCCGGCGUUCCGUGCACCGGCACGUGAGUGAGUCUAAACCACUGAGCUAACCGAUCGAUUACCGCCUCGCUAUAAAAUUCUGUUUGCUUUGUUCAACUCUCAGGUUGUGGCUUCAUCUACAGGAUCUACUUUACAGUUGAUAACCUGCUCAACACCAAUAUUUGCAUAUUAGGAAAUUGACUUGAGAUGUCACUCUUGUAAAUCUAAACAAUUUGUUAUGUUUUUAAAGUGAUAACCCUCACUUCUAGGAUUAUUACACAAUUUAAAUUUGAAAAACAAAAAGUGGGUUAUCACUUAAAAAUCAUAACAAAUUGUUAACAAUAUAAUAUUUAAUAAAUACUGCAGAAUGAAAAUUAAAUAUUGAUCUUUCGAUCGAGCAAGUUAUUAUUUUACCGUACGUUAUCUCCUCUCCUCUCCUCUACUCGCCACACUUCACACCGCUACACUAUCGCCUCCUCUCCGAAUCCACUCACUUCACUUUACUUGUAAUUUGAUCUGAUAUAGAUAAUUGUGUGGCGGUCAUAAAAUUAUAGAUUCUUGUGUGAAACUUAAAUCUGAUAAUAGUCGUAACUUGAGUACCUAUAUAUGUACAUAAACUAAGUUUCUUGGUUACACGGGCCAGACGUCCAGGGAAGAAUUUAUCCAGCACUAUUCCACGGGGGUCUCGUAAGUCAAAGAACUUUAAUUUAAUUAGCGCUAUUACAUCGUCACUUUAAAUAUUUAUUUUUAAUUACUGCAUGUACUAUGUUAUGUUCGGAAAAAGUAGAGCUCGUGAGAAGAAAUUCAACACUCUUUUCAAUCAAUAGAGUAUUUUGCAAUGUCUGUAAUAUACAUAACAAUUAAGUGCUGCAUCCGAUAUAUGAAUUGUGUUGAAUGUUGAAGUGUUUUAAAUAUCAAUAUUAAAAAAAUGUAACAAAAAAUAAUCUGCAUAAAUAUAAAUUAUCCUAUAUUGGAUGAUGCAUCAACUUUUAGAGUUUGAAUUCAUCCGAAUAACCCAAAACCCGAACGAUAUGGGCCGAACGGCUCAAGUGAGUAAUGCGUUUGCCCACUUUAAAUACUGUUACAUGGCAUUAACACUCAAAUAGCUGUACGAAUACGAUUACAACACGUAAGCAUGAACCCCCUUAUUCAUAAUAGUCUCUGUUAACUUAAAGCAUUGCUAAUUCUCACUCUGUCUUCUUCUAUUGACCUAAGUCAGAAUGAGAAAAAACACUCCUAAGCGGCUUUUUAAAGUUAGCGGACCAUUAUGAUAAGGGGGGAAGUGUCCAGUUUUUUGUGUACGGGAAGUAUUGUUUUCCAAUACUGUCUUUUAUUGCCCGUUGCAUUCUCAAGUAAAGGUUUUAUCUCAAUAACUUGUUUAAAUAGGGAUAACAAAGAGAGUUGACAUACUGAAACAUGCAGGGAGAGCCUGUCAGCCGUUAAGUUGACAUAGCGAUAUCCCAUUCUGCACGAACGCACGCCAAGAAAGCGAAGAUAUUAGUAGGACUAAGGGCUGAAUUUUUUAAAUAUUUGGAGACUGGGCGUUUGGAGUUUGCAUGAUUCUAUGACUUGAUGUACAGCAUUAUGAAAUGGUUCUUAUUAGAGCUAAUAUAGUAUAUAAAAUAAUAUGUUCUUUUAAGAACGAAUCUUUCGGCAUACGCUUAUUACAGUUAAUAUGCACGAUUUAUAUUUCUACGAUCUAUAAUACUACGAAGGUCUAACUAUCUAACUUGUAACGUAAUAACGUUACAAGUUAGAUAUUAGACAUUUAUAUUAAUUGAUGUUAUUGGUUGUAGGUACAGCUACAAAUAAAAAAGAAUUUUAUUGAUAAGAUAAACAUCUGAACCAUCUACAUACCGUAUAAAAAAGAUUUGUUUUGAUGCUUACCUACCAGCACCACGCUUUCCACGUUCUAUAUGAUAGUAAAUUAUAAUAUAUUCCUUGUGGACGGAACAAUUUUUUUAUUUAACUUUCAUUUUAUUAAUGUAAUGUAUUAGAUUUGUUACAUUUAAUAAAAACGUAACGCACGCUU